AUGCCCAGGAAAAUCACGGAAUCCGGUCGUUUCCUACCGUACGUCUUUGACAUGGGUUGCUUGAACCUUAUACAUCAUGAAUCACCAUUUCAAGUUAAACGUUUCAAAACAUCAACAGCAAGUUUACCAAUAUUUGAACAUCAAAAUUUAGCAUGGAAAAAUUUAAAGAAAACGAUUACUAAUCAACUUAAUAAAUUAAAUAAAUCAAAUUUACCAAUAAUAGUUAAUGAACUAUUUAAACAUAAUAUUAUUCGUGAUGAUCGUAUAUAA